UCUCGCUCACCUUCAACAAUGGCAGAGGUUCCUACAGAGCCAAAGACGACGCAGAUCGAUGAAAUCUCUCACAAUCUCUCGUUCUCCACUUCCAACGCCGCCGAUUCUAGCUGGGACAAGAUCUCCUUCUUCCGUCACCGCUCACGGCAAAUCAAACGAGACACUUGGCUCGUCUCCGUCUUCGUUCUUCUUCAGAUCGUCCUCUUCGCUGUAACUAUGGGCGUCAACGAUUGCUCCAGGAACUCUCACGGUCACUGCGCCGCCAAACUCCUUGGUCGAUUCUCUUUCCAGCCUCUCUCCGAGAAUCCUAUGCUCGGCCCCUCCGCCUCAACGUUAGAGCAUAUGGGAGGUCUUUCUUGGAAUACUCUGACGGAGAAUCAUGAGAUUUGGCGUAUUUUGACAUCUCCUUGGCUGCACAGUGGACUGUUUCAUCUGUUCAUAAAUCUUGGGAGUUUGAUUUUCGUAGGAAUAUACAUGGAGCAGCAAUUUGGACCAUUGAGGAUUGCCAUAAUAUACUUCCUCUCUGGCAGUGUGGGAAGUCUAUUUGCUGUAUUGUUUGUUCGAAACAUCCCAUCAAUCUCUUCUGGUGCUGCUUUCUUUGGGUUGAUUGGAGCCAUGCUUUCUGCACUUGCAAAGAACUGGAAUCUAUAUACCGGCAAGAUUUCAGCCUUAGUGAUAAUGUUCACUAUCUUCACUGUGAAUUUCCUGAUAGGCUUUCUCCCUUUCAUAGACAAUUUUGCAAAUAUUGGUGGUUUCAUAUCAGGAUUCCUCCUUGGAUUUGUGCUAUUAUUCACCCCACAGCUGAGACAGAUGCCUCCAUCUCAUAAGGGAAAAUUGUUUGAAGAUGAUAUGAAAAGAUCCACAAGGCUUAAAGAACAGUUUGACAGACCGGUAUUAAGGAUUAUAAGCUUGGUCGUAUUUUGUGGAAUGCUUGCUGGGGUUCUAUUAGCAGCGUGCUGGGGGGUGAAUCUCAACCGUCAUUGCCACUGGUGUCGCUAUGUUGACUGUGUUCCAACCAAAAAAUGGAGUUGCAGCGACAUGACUACUUCCUGCGAGGCAAUGGUGAGUGAUGCUCAGUUAACACUAACGUGCAUGGCCAAUGGAAAGUUCCGGAUAUUUCCUUACACCAAUAUCUCACAAGCCAGGACACAAGACCUCUGCACACUCGUCUGCUCUUAAACAUGAACCAAGGUUUCAAUUCCUUUCCUACAUAUAUACAUUUACUAUACUCACUCCCACACUUAGAUAAUUGCAUAUAACAAAACUCUCACCUCAAAUCACAAAUCUGUGAAGAUUUCCACUCUCGUAAUCCUUUGGUCAAUUCUGAGAACUUUUGUAGCCUAGAUUUGGAUAAGGGGUAGUAGGACAUGUAAUGGGCCUAUUGUCUUGGUUCUUGAUUCUAUGAAUCUGAAUACUAAAGUCUACGAAGUUUGGUCCCAUAUGAGGACCCAGUAGCCACAUUAGCUUCUUACACAAACUUUACACAAUCCACAUCAUAUCUACGCACACAUGACACACCAGUAAGUAUAAUAUUUAGCUUCUUGUUUUACUUAAAUGUAUAUACUUUUUUUUUCUUUUAGUUAUUUGCUUUAUAAUGAUGAUGAUGAUAAAUAUGUGUGGCUUUGUGGGUGUAGUAGAAUUGAGAAGAAAAGGGCCGACCUUGACACAUACUGUAUAUUGAUAGGGUCACUAAAACUGAUUACUAU